AUGGUUGUACACCAAGCGACGUGGAAGGGGGCGGUCCACACAGAGUUCGUCUCCGCCCUCAAAUACGCAGUCAAUGUAGUUAACUGUUUUGCUGAAUCUGUCGAGCACUGGUUAGAAUUCUACUUCUCUCUAACCGUAGCAGUCUUCAUAACUUUGAGAUCUAUGGUUAUCAUGGCCAAGCGCACCAAGAAGGUCGGAAUCGUCGGAAAGUACGGCACCCGUUAUGGUGCGUCACUACGUAAGAUGGUCAAGAAAAUGGAAGUGACCCAGCACUCUCGCUACACAUGCGUUUUCUGUGGAAAGGAGGCUAUGAAGCGAAAGGCUGUUGGUAUCUGGAGCUGCUCGAAGUGCAACAAGACUGUUGCCGGGGGAGCGUACGUGUACGGAACUAUCACUGCCGCCACAGUACGAUCUACCAUCCGUCGCCUGCGCGAUCUCAAAGAGUAG